AUGACUUAUAUUUUCUUUCCUCGUGAAAAUUUCUUCAGGCCAUCUUCUGAGAGGAAACCAGAUCUUGGAUGUUCACAGCUGACUUCCAUUUACUGCCCCUCUUUGCAGUACCAUAGUUUCAUAGAGCUCAAGGAUACCGCAUAUUUUUCAUUUCAGUAUAAUCAUGAACCAAGUUCGAUCAUAUUUUGGCUUGAGGAGAAAAAGUUGGAAGAUUGCAAAAGGGCCUGUCUGAGAAACUGUUCAUGCAAAGCUGCUGUUUUUGAAUAUAAUUUGUAUGGGAAUCGAAGAGGGAGCUGUUUGUUACUGAAUGAAGUCUUCUCUCUCAUAGACAACAACGGACAAGGAAGAGGCAAGACAGUAUUUCUUACGGUGCAGAAUCAGUCUUCAAUCAUUCCUGGAAGAAAGAAAUCAAGACCUUUCCAAGUGAUUAUAGGAUCUACUCUUGCAGCUUUCUUCGGGAUAAUUUUAAGCAUAGCUACUUGCUUUGUUAUCUUCAAAAAGAGGAUACAUGAGUCCAGAAAGGCUGCGGGUUUUCUUGAUCUGGAACCAAUCUUACCAGGAAUUCUAACUCGAUUCUCUUACAAUGAGCUGAAAGUAAUUACAAAAGAUUUCAGUAGUAAGCUCGGGGAAGGAGGAUUUGGAUCUGUUUAUGAAGGAACACUGAGAAAUGGCACCAAAAUAGCUGUGAAGCAUCUGGAUGGUCUAGGUCAAGUAAAGGAAUCAUUCUUAACAGAAGUUAAGGCAGUCGGUGGCAUUCACCAUAUCAAUCUGGUAAAACUCAUUGGAUUUUGUGCAGAAAAAAGCCACAGGUUUCUUAUCUAUGAGUACAUGGUAAAUGGAUCAUUGGAUAGGUGGAUUACGCAUGAGAAUCAAGAGAAUGGGCUUACAUGGAACACGAGGCAGAGGAUAAUAUCAGAUAUCGCCAAAGGCUUAGCGUAUCUACAUGAGGAUUGCAGCCAUAAGAUAAUUCCUUUGGACAUCAAACCACAAAACAUCCCUCUAGAUCAAUAUCUCAAUGCUAAGAUAUCAGAUUUUGGGUUGUCGAAGCUAAUUGAGAAAGACAAAAGCAAAGUUGUGACUAGAAUGAGAGGAACACGGGGUUAUUUAGCCCCUGAAUGGUUGAGCUCAGUAAUCAUUGAGAAAGUUGAUGUUUAUGCUUUUGGAAUUGUCCUCUUGGAAAUUCUCUGUGUGCGAAAGAAUUUGGAUUGGACCCAAGCUGAUGAAGAAGAUGUCCAUUUGCUAAGUGUAUUUAGGAGAAAAGCUGAACAAGAGCAGCUCAUGGAUAUGGUUGACAAAAACAACGAAGAUAUGCAGCUCCACAGGGAAGCAGUGACAGAAAUGAUGAGCCUAGCUGCAUGGUGUCUACAGGGUGAUUUUUCCAAGAGGCCUUCCAUGUCAUUGGUGGUUAAGUCAUUGGAAGGUUUGGUGACUGUUGAAACCAACUUGGAUUAUGAUUUCACACACGUACCUGAGGUCUGGGCAGGAAACCAACAGAGGGAAGCCAUUAUCAGUUCAAAAAUUCCUUCAAUUUUAUCGGGACGAAGGUAAACAAUAUGCUUAAGGUUUUGUCUUUUUAGGAACCAAUUUGUGGUUGCAUAAUGUCAAAUAUUGCAACAUUUCCAAUUCUAGCAUAACUUAAGGUUUAUGAGAUUAUAAUUCAUGAACUGUAAUGUUCAGUAACUUCUAUAUUAAAUUUUUGAGCUUCAUGUUAAUAUCAUGUAGAGACUUCUCAAUUCAUGUAUGAAAAUAAGUAUAAUACUGUUGAAGUGCGGCUGCGGAACAUGUGUUUUAAGUGCUGGCAUUUGCAUUAGGCACUUCAACUGGUAGUGUGCAGUAAGCUUUACUGUGCUAUUUAUCGGAAAAGGUUCAGAAAGCAAGUUUAGAAUUUUCUCUAUUGAACAACUGAUCAUGUCCUAAUCAGUGAACUGAUGCAAAGUUCCCCUCAUAACAGGGACGUAGCAGUAUGUUCUUGUAAACCACUAACCCUUUGUGGACAUACAAGCUUAAGAACUCUUAUAGUGGGUCGGCUUUAGGCCAUUCCUACUCGCUGUCUUGAUUUUCCAUCUCUAGUCAAUAGCUCUUUAUUUGAAUAAGCGUAAAAUUGAAAGAACAUCAUUAAUGUAUUCUUGAUUAUGUGAAACACCACUUAUUUUGAAACGGAUGGAGUAAUAACACAUUGAAGAAGUCAACUUAUUGACUGGGUAAAGUUACAUUGUUACACUCAAUAUAAUUCCACAAGUGAGGUUUGGGGAGAGUAGUAUGUAUGAACGUGAUUUGUUUUCCAAUUUUGUUAACUAAAAUGAGAAGUCAUUUAUUAUAGUCAAAUUCAGCUGCUAAAACAGUGUUGAAAGUCAUUUACUAGACUUGCUUAAUGGACCUUUUCCGAUAGCAUAUCACUACUGGUUGAAGCCCUAAUUGAAUAUAUCAACGAUUAAACCACAUG